AUGGAGAAAGGACCUGAAUCUGGAAGGCAGUAUCCCUUAUCAAACUGGUUGAGUUAUAAUAGAUUGUCUCCUUCACAGAGAAAGUACACAUUAGCACUAUCCACCAUCUAUGAGCUUCAAUCCUUUGCCGAGGCAUCUCAACAUCCAGAUUGGUGUCAAGCCAUAGAUACAGAGUAUCAGGCUCUUAUGGGACAGAGGAAAGGAAAAAGGCCCGACUUGUGGCUAAGGGCUUCACACAACAAGCUGGGCUUUAAGCAAUCAAAAUCUGAUUACUCCUUAUUUAGCAAACAAAAUGGCCGCUCUUUUACUAUGCUACUUAUCUACGUAGAUGAUAUUAUCAUAGGUGAAAAUAAUUUACAUUAUAUUGAGGAGUUCAAGAAGAAAUUGAAUGAUCAAUUCAAGCUCAAGGACUUGGGGAUUUUAAAGUAUUUCCUAAGGCUGGAGAUAGCUAGAACUUCCAAAGGCAUAUCCAUUUGUCAAAGAAAAUAUGCUUUAGAAAUAUUGACAGAUGCUAGUUAUCUUGGGGCUAAACUAGCAAAAAGUCCUUUGCCACACAAUCUGAAGUUAAGCAAGGAUGGAGGAGAAGCUAUUGCAGAUGCUAGUUUAGUGGGAAGGAUACAAUACUUAACAAUAACGAGGCCUAAUCUAUCAAAUGCGGUGCAGGUCCUCGGUCAGUUUCUUGAAUUACCGAAGCGGGCUCAUUUGGAAGCAGCCCAUCAUGUGUUAAGAUACUUCAAGGGAAUGCCUGGACAAGGUUUAUUCUUUGAUGGCAAAUCUGAUUUACAGCUUAAGGGGUUCUACGAUGCAGAUUGGGUCGCAUGUUUAGAUACAAGAAGAUCUGUCACCGGUUAUUGCAUAUUUUUGGGAAAUUCAUUAGUAUUUUGGAAAUCUAAGAAGCAACAUACGAUCUCUAGAUCAUCAGCCAAAGCAGAAUAUAGGUCAAUGGCAGCUGCAGUUUGUGAGUUGAGCUGGUUGAAAAAUAUAUUAAGUGACUUAAGUGUUACGCAUUCUAAAGCUGCAUUACUUUUCUGUGACAACCAAUCAGCUAUACAUAUAGCAAGCAAUCCGAUCUUUCAUGAAAGAACGAAGCACAUAGAAAUUGAUUGUCACCUUGAAAGAGACAAAGUACAAGCAGGAGAGUAA